AUGUCCGAGUCCGCAAAGUCGGAGAAGUUCAUGGAUCUCACCAGGUUCAGCACACCGGUGCCUGAACUGGAUGACCAUCGGUUCCAAUUAGAUAAUCAACAUCGCAUGGAAGCGACACUGGAUGUGACUUUGAGCCGUCAAAAUACUGCGCAGCAAGGGAUAGCAGAAGUACCCCAGCGCCCCGACCUACUUCAAGUCCAGGAUGCCUACAGAGAUUCUGGACCGUUUUUGCGGGACUUCGAACAGGCUAUUCUGGACGAUGAUCGGUCGGCGAAUGACGUGAAUGCUGUGGGACGCCGAGUAUCUGUCGAUCCCACUGGGAAUGCGCGCCACGGUCGGACAUAUAGCCGUACUCAUCAGGAUAUUGGUAACAGAUCACGAGAGAGUUCCGUUUCGGCUCGAUCCUCGUCGCCGCCAAAUUCCGUCGACGCCUUUGCAGAUCCUCGUCGCCGAGAGCGCGCAAAUACUUUGGAGAGCCAUGGGCCCCCAGAUUUGGAGGCCAUUCUUCAGCGCACGGUUUCAGGCGGUACCAGACGACCGACUUUCAGCAACGCCAGUGUUAUUCGACCUCAACCAGGUGACCUGGAUUCUCCAGAGGAUACGUGCGUGCCGCACUUCGAAGAACCUGGAAGAAUUCCAGUGAUCGACUACGAGGAAUUGGAGGAAUUCGUAGCUUUGAAUCAGAAGACAAAGCCUUCCAGCAAUCAGCGCAAACAUAGUCUGAGUUCGCAGGACAGAUACUCGCGGGCUUUCCGCGACCUUCGCCCAAGCACCGAAAUCGCUACGGGGGUGGAUGAGAAGCACUCCUCAAGCGCCGAGGUUUCCUUUGAUGACUCAACGCCGUCCAAGUUCAAUGACAAAAUCUUCAACCAAGCAAACGAGAAGGAGUUGCUGGACAAGCUGAAGAAUGAGAAUGAGCCGACUCGCUUUGGCUUCUUUUCUUCCGAAUCACAGAGCACCGUACAUGCGGCGGAAUUAGGGGAUCUUGUCCUUCCUGGGGACAGUUUCCGAGAUCUUUUUCAACUUGGACCCGAAGGCGGUGUUUGGUGGCUGGACGUUCUGAAUCCCACCGAGGCUGAAGUGAGCGCAAUUUCAAGGGCGUUCUCCAUUCACCCUUUGACAACAGAAGAUAUUUUAACCCAGGAGUCACGUGAGAAAGUUGAACUCUUCAAGCAAUACUAUUUCGUCUGUUUCCGAACGUUCUAUCAACUCGACAAGACGAGCGAGCAGUUCAUGGAGCCUGUGAACUUCUAUAUGGUCGUCUUCCGCGAUGGUGUUUUGUCGUUCUCAUUUACCGAGAAUCCCCACGCCGCAAAUGUCCGAAAAAGAAUUGGGAAGCUCCGUGACUAUGUAUCGCUCAGCAGCGAUUGGAUCUGUUAUGCUAUGAUCGAUGACAUUGUAGAUAGUUUUGGUCCCGUUAUCCGGGAGAUUGAGGUUGAAACCGAAGCCAUCGAAGACCUCGUGUUUAUUGCGCGCAUGGAUGACUUCGAAUCAUUCUUACCUCGCAUUGGGAAUUUGCGGAAAAAGGUAAUGAGCUUGAUGCGUCUCUUGGGAGGCAAAGCCGACGUUAUUCGUGGGUUCUCCAAGCGCUGCAACGAGCAGUACUCAGUGACGCCUCGGGGCGACAUUGGACUUUACCUUGGUGAUAUCCAGGACCACGUUGUGACCAUGAUGUCUAAUCUAGCACAUUUCGAGAAGAUGCUCAGUCGCUCCCAUACAAACUACCUUGCUCAGUUGAAUGUGACAAAUCUGGUUCUAGGUAACCAUGCCAACAAGGUCUUGAGCAAGGUGACACUUAUCGCUACCAUACUCGUCCCCAUGAACCUCAUCUGCGGUCUGUUUGGCAUGAACGUUCAUGUUCCCGGGCAAGACGUACCAGGAUACGGAUGGUUUUUCGGCAUCAUCGGGGUCCUUGCUGCGGUUGUUAUUAUUAGUGGCCUGGCUGCUCGGUUUUACAAGCUUGUAUGA